AUGGGCGUAAGGAAAGAGCCCAGGGCUGAAUUUCAAAUCAUUGCGUUUGACACCAUUACAGAUAAGGCCUCUGCUCUCACUGUCAGUCCAUCCCUGAGGCUGAGUUGUCUGAGCGGGUUGGUUGGGAUGAAUGGCUCUGCAGCAUAUUUAAGUGACACGAAGAAAUCAAAAAAUCAAGCCCGAGUUACUCUGCACUACUCAACAACAGCGAGGUUGGAGCGGCUGACAAUGAACCAUGUAACACCUGAGAACGUCUCUUACCCUGAUGUCUUUGCCCAAGGCACAGCCACCCAUGGCAUCGUAGCUGUGCUCUAUGGGGCCCAGGCCUUCUUUGUGUUUGAUCAGGAAAUAUCUUCACCGGAAAAUGUACACGAGGCAGAGGAAAACCUGAGCCUUAUGGUAGCAAAGAUACCAAAGGCUGCAAUGAAAGGAGAUGGAAGUUUAGAGAUGCCUGAGAAGGAAAAGGUUGAAAAUGUCAGUUGCACAAUUUAUGGGGAUUUUCCUCUCAAGAACAAUCCAGUUUCUUAUCCGGAAGCCAUGGAAAUUUAUUCCACCCUCCCCAAGCUGCUGGGUGACAGCGGGGAGCAGGCUGUACCAGUGAGAGUCUGGCUGUACCCGCUGAAGCAGCUGGAUUCCAGAGCUGCUCGUAUAGUGCGUGAGAUCAGCCUAGGGCUGAUUUCUGAUGCUCAGGCUGUGUUAGAGCAAUUGAUUGAAUGUGACAGGCAAUGCAAUGACAUGCUGAACACACCUGCCACAGUCUUCCCUGAGACCAAGAGGAAAAUCCAGCAAUUCAGAGAGCUGUGUAAACAAUACAGAGAGACUUUCAAGAAACAGAUAGCAGGAAUCUUACCUUCGAUCCGUGGAGGAGAAGAGGAGGAAGAAGCUCUGAUGAACAUUGUAACCAGCAAAGAGCAAUCCCCAUUCAGUAUCCAGUGUCUUACUGAAUUUAUAAAUACAAAACAGCAAGAGAUGACAUUAGUGCAUUCCUACCUUACUGCCUUAAAGGAUGUGGAAUUGGUCUCCUCCCAGAGUGAGCUAGCAAAAACAGUACUCAGCCCCAUGCAUGACUUUGUCAUCUCAUUUACCUUCACCUCAUUCCACGAAGAGGAGCCAUAUUUAUCAGAUUUAAAACUCUGGCUUCAGAACAAGUCUAUAAGAGAAAUUAAUCAUUCAGCAUCAGGCAGUUCUACGGGGGACAAUCAAAAUGCCAGACUGUGGUUUACACAGAAAGUUUUAGGCAGAAAAGUACGAGAAUCUGUAAAAUCCUUCAUAGACUUUGCUCGUGUCAAUAAAUCUAAUGGGAAAAUUCGGUUCAUUGUGUCCUUUGUUGCUAACAAGGACAAUCCAGGCACUGCCAUUUACCUGUAUGAGGAGGGAGAGCUGAUCAGCACCAACUUUGAGCCUCCAUCAAAGCCUCUUCCUCCCCUGAUUGAUGGAAUCAGACAUGACCGUGUGCAGCUCACGUUUAACCCAGCAGCCUAUGGCAGGGCUACGAUAUCUGGCUAUCGGGCAGAGUACAGAAUUGUAGGGCAGGAGAACUGGACGGCUGUGACUGUAAAUAACACACAAGUGACAUUCACAGUAACAGGGUUACGUGCAAACACCGAGUACCAGUUCCGAUACGCUGCAGUGAGCAAACCAGGGCUCAGCGAGAGCAGCGACGUGAGUGAUCCUGUGAAGACUCUUCCCCCUACCAGCCCGCCUGGGAAGCCUGUAACAGAUACUGUAGAUUCAUCUGCCUGCUGGGCUGACAGCAGCUGA